GCUGGAGUUUCUCCGAGCCGAGCAAAUAUUAAAUUAUUAUCUUGACCUUUAUCAUUCUAUUUCUUGUCAUUUUCGUGAGCUAGUCAAUUAAUCGAGCCAUAACUCCAUACAGAAAACACCCCACCCACUCCGAUCGAAAAGUGUCAAGCCUAGCUGGCCAUGGCCUAGCCAUGGAGGAAGGAUAACAGAAAGAGAGAGCACAAAUCGACUUCAAAGGGACAGUGAUGGCCUAGCCUAGCAGAGCGCGGCCAUUUUUCAAAUGAUGACAUUGGCUCUUUAAUCUUUUAUUGGGUUCUUACGAUCAUUUUUCAACGGCAGUUUUAUCAGUUCCACCCUUGGAUGGAAACCCCAAAACCUUUCUCUCCCACAUUUACACAAACCCACCAUUUUUUUCCAGCUGAACAAUUUGAACAAACUCCUUUUCAAAAGAAACUGGGGGCCCAACGAGCUCGGCAGUCCAUUCAUGGACUGCACCCGGUACCCACACGCCGCUGGACCCCGACUGUGGUUGUGACGCAUGCGGUGACUAGGUGACGACUGAACAAACAAAACGAAUGAAUGGCUACGGUACAGGUCAAGGUCUCAAUUUUGAUAAUGGUAACACAGUGCAUGGUGACUGACAUUAUGACAUCAAGACGAUGACCAGUGACCCAGGACACAUUUGUGGGAUAAUCAUCAUUUUCUCUUAAGUCCCACGGAUGAGUGAAAUACUGGAGUCUCAUCAUCAAUAAAAUUUCUAAGUUCUGUCAUAACGAUGGAGCAGAUUUCACCUCCUACCACUGUCAUGGUUUGUUCACAUAAGCUGACCAUCAAACUGAAUUCACUGGAGUCCAUCUGGUACUGCAUAUUUGUUGUAGUUGUGACUUUAUUCUUAUGUCUUGAUGCUACUAGACACUACGCUCACUACGACAAGUUGGAGUGGCCACAAGGAAGGCCUAGUGCAGAACUGAAUUUAUACAUUCUGCUGAUACUCUCAGCAUUUCUCCUCAUCAUCCUCUUCAUUCCAACUCAAAUCUUCAAGGUUGGAAACAGAGCCAAUGACCAAGGCAAGCUAGGACUUUUCAAAGAGAACAGUAAUGGCAGAGCAAGCUUGUCGACAAAUCGGAAGAUUGUCAAGUACUUUCAGGCUAUUCGUAGAGUGACCAAACACUUAGGACCUGUCGGAGCCACUCUUCAUUUUAUCUCAGCAUUUUGCCUCUUACUACCAUUGAUGUUUCUGCAGGCCAGAGCUAUACAAUAUGGUUUAUUAACUUCAGAUGCAAUAUGGCGUUCCGAAGUGUUAGUAGGCGUGACUACUGUGGAAGAAUUUGAACAGCUUGCUCGGUCCAUGCACAAUAAUUCAGGUUCUUUCUUUCCAUCCAACCUUAAUCAUACAUUGUCCAAGAUAAUUCCCUCUGUUGAUCCCUUCAAAGUCUACAUGGUCACACUCAACUACAUUAAUUAUGUAAUUCCAUUAUUCUUUUAUGGAGUUCGUUAUGCAGACGUCUUCUGGUUUUGUCAUAAAGGUUUUGCAUUUGUUUUCAGCACACAGUUGAUGCUUAAUGCUAUUCAGUAUGCACUCGGUUUUAUAGGAUUUUCCCUUUUGUACAAACUUCACUGGUAUGGCUGGCAUACUUACGGUAUACAAGCAGAUCCUGUGUUUCAAAAGCCAACCGGAUUGGUUGGUGUCUACCUCAGUAAUAAUAUCACAGUAUUCAUGUCGGCAGUUAUUACUUACAUGUACGGGUAUAGUCGUCUCAAAGAAGCAGAAUAUAAACAGAAAGCUGCAAGAACAGGUAUUCCGAUUAAUCCAACAAGCUUUCCUCUCAAGUGUAAUGGAUACAUUGCUAAUAUUGCAGCUGCAUUAGUUAUGUGUGUGUUUGUGGCUUGUAAGGUGCCAUUAACCAUUGAAUAUCUUGGUGUUUAUCAAGUUUCCAAGGAUGCAAGACUUCUUGCUUGCAUGAUUUUUGACACAAUAUACAUGGCUUUUUGGUUAUUCAUGUGGAUUGGAUUUACUGUUAAACGUGAUUGGGACUUUACAAUUCAUCCACCAAGUGAUCGAGAUGAGUCAACGGAGCAAGGUUCAUCAAGCUCUGUUAACCAAUGCUUCAGUGUCAGUUCAUCUCAAGAUGUGGAACUUAGACAGAUCUCAAGUUCCAAUGAGAGAACUGAAAAGAACUCCUGCAAUCAAGUCGGUGUUCUUAUCAGACAUAAGACCUCCAAUACAAGUCACAGUUGCCAGGGGUCUUCCUCAAAUACACCAUCUGAGAGAAAGAUUAGAUCUUCUGAAGACUCAAAAGGAAAUGUAGCUUCCAAUGUUUACACACGUCUCUUCAGUUCUGACUCAGAAGGCAGUUUCCCAGCCAAACCUGAAUCAUUUUGUCCCACUGCCUCUUCAUGUUCGCCCAGCAGAGGGCAGCAAACACCUAGCCACUUCAGAGGUAUCACUAGGUCACCACAUAGAAGUAGUGACCCAAACUCUCGUAGUAUUGAAGAAGAGUCAUUGUUGUCACAAUCAAUAAAUGAUGAAUUGAAUGGAGAGGAACCUCAGUCCCCAGACAAAUCUUGUGAGAGUCAAUCAGCUGAUAUGGUAUGUUGAUUAGUCACAAAUUCAUUGAUGCACUAUAUGUUCUUUGUUGAGUAUCUCCUUGUAGUGUGAAGAAUGACGUGCAUUGACUUGUCAGUUAUGUGUUGGUUGAUAAGCUUCAAAUCCUGCCAGAGAGCCAUGUUGUCAUUACUCAGGUAUAAGAGUUAAUGCACUUGGUAAUAAUUUUUAUUUGCCAUAAAUCCUUCUGCAAACCAACGUAUGAUCGGUGAUUUUGGCCAUGGAGCAACUAGAAUUAUUGCAAGCUCUAACACCAGUUCUGUUAUUGUCAGAGAAGUACAUGUAUGUUAUGGAAAGAUAUUUUCAAAUUUAUUGCAUAAUUCUAGGUUGAGUUUAUUUUAAGAUAAAGUGAAACACAAGAAGACCAAUUUUAUUACUUGCCAAUUUGCAUGAAAUAUUUUAUACAAAUGAAUUCCACUGUAUUGCAUGUGAAAUCUCUAGAUAUUUCAUAGCACUGAUUGUACAUGUAUUUCUGACAACACAGUGGACAGAAUUCUUUAUUAGCAAAGUUCUCAAGAAAAAGCAGAUGAUACCCUUGUAAAAUCUUUCACUUAGCACAGUUGCUUGAGUUUAUGGAUUUGGCUUGGAUUUAUGUUUUAUUUGUGUGCUUGUGUGAUUGUUUGUUUGUUCAUUUUUUUGUUGUUGGAAGGGUUUUCCUUUUGCUUUUGUGACCAAAGACUCUGUGCUUUCUCCUUAUGGACCAACAGAUCAUCAGGACAGGUAACACAGGUAGUUUAUCUUUUUUUUGUAAUUCUUUUACAAAUUUUAAUAAAACUAGCAAUAUUGGUAACUUUUUAAGUCAUGUGAUUUUUAUCAUUUAGGGCUUGAUUUACUUUGCACAACACAUAAAUUCUUAUUGUAAAUAUUAAAUCCUUGUACUUGAAGCAUGUAUGCAUGUAUAUGAUUUCAAAAUGUAUUUGUUAAAGAAAGGCAAUUGUGGUGGUGGUGUGACCUUGCAAAAAACACCCGCUGUUGAUUUCCAUUUGCACAGGUGUUUUGUCUCCUCAGAGGAGUAUGUUUAUCAGUAUACAUGCACCUCAGUGGUUGUAGUUUUAUCUGCAUACUAUUUUCCCUUCUUGUCGUCUGCCCGAUUUUCUUUUUAGACUUUUGGAAUCAUUAAAUUAGUUCUUCCAGUAUUAGAAUUUUGAGAUUAAAUACACGUUUCAAAAUUACUGUAUUUUGACACUAACACAACAUAUUUGCUUUUUACUUAAUGACAGAAUGUGUGAACCAUUGGAGUUACUUUUUGCACGCGUGUGGUGACCUCAGAAUGUUUUACUUGCAGAUUGAAUGAUUUAGUAUGUAAAAAUAGUUGUGAAGCUUUUCAUGGAUUGGAAUGUGCAUGUAUUAGGAAACAAUAACUUAUUGAUGAUUUUAAUAUAGUCACAAUAUGGAAGACUUUGAUUUUUUAUCAUUAUAUGACCUGACUUUUCAAGUUAUAGCUUUACCAAAAAACCCUGUCUUUAUUGCUACGGUAGGAAUGUUUUGGGAAAAAAGCCAUGUGCACUGAAAACGUUAAA